AUGAAGACGGAGUACCUAGAGUACAAGUUCAGUGUAGUGUCAGCGGGAGCAGAUAUAGAUGCAAGGCUUGAUUCACUAGUCAUCCCCAAGAGGGAAAGUUUCAAGUAUCUCAGGUCAGUUAUCCAAGGGGACGAGAAGAUUGACGAGGAAGUCACACACCGUAUAAGGUCAGGGUGGAUGAAAUGGAGACUAGAAUCCGUCGUUCUGUGUGACAAGAAUGUGCCACCAAAACAUAAGGGUCAGUUCUACAAGGCGGCGGUUAGACGGUUAUGCUGUAUAGGACAGAAUGCUGGCCAGUCAAGAACUCUCAUAUCCAGAAGAUGA